AUGAGCAAAAAGUUCAAGUCGCAGGCCUCCAGCAGUCGCGCUGCGGCCAGCGCCUUUGGGGGGUUUGGGGGAUUCUCAAAUGCCUUUGACAGUGGUGGCCGGGAGCCAUCGGCAUUGACAUACAUUACGGAGCCGCCAGACCUUUCUCGCAUCUGGGAUCAGCAACUCGUGAUUGCAUAUAAGAACUUGCUGAAGAAAGAUGAGAUUACGCGCACCAAGGCUUUGGAAGAGCUGAAAGAAUACAUUUCUUUAGUGGAAGCCAAGAAUGGAACAGUUGAUGAGGGCUUCCUAGAGGCAUGGGUCAAAGUCUACCCUCGCGCUUCAAUCGAUCUGUCCCGACGAGUGAGACAACUGGCACAUAAAAUUAUGGGAUCUGUCGCCGGUGUUGUCGGGAAGAGAAUCGCACCAUAUCUUUCCAAGGUUGUUGGGGCUUGGCUGGCAGGGCUCUACGACAGUGACCGACCAGUUCAUCGGUCCGCCCUCGAUUCUCUUACAACAGUCUUCUCCACAGAAGCCAGAAGGAACAACCUUUGGAAAAUCUACCAAGCUUCUAUAUUGGACUUUGUAGAUGACGUUCUUCUGCACCAAAAGCCAUUGACUUUGAGUGACGAACGGACGGUCAAGCGCGAUGACGCCGAGGCAAAGUAUGCGCGAGUUGUCGGUGCUGCUCUCUUGCUGUUCAAUCGCAUCCUGGGAAAUUCACCCGACGAUGAUCUACGGAAAAACCUUCCAGAAAUCGAGGCACUGCUCGGGAACAAGUCUUUGUGGGCUUUCUGCACUCAUGAUGACCCGUUCGUGCGGCGUUCUAUAUAUGUGCUUUUGCGUUCGACCAUAUCUCGCGAGCCAGCGUGGGUUGACUGGAAAGUCCUGAGUUCAGCCAUCAUUGGAAAAUCGCUAUCUACUCCACAGCUGGGAUCCGCUUCUGAACUCUCCGAGUCUGUUCUCCUCUUGACAUCAUCACGGCCGCAGGUAUGGACAGAAGACUAUACGGGCAAGACUUCUGCGUCCAAAAGGCUGCGCCAGUACAUUCAGAAAGGGUCACAGGGCGGACAUGGCAGUUUCUGGUCAAACCUUGAUCAGCUGCUUCGCAUAAUUCCCCAAGAUGUGCUUGCGGGUGCCGACAAAACAUCCAAUGAUGGAGCUAUCACGAUUUCAAGUGUAUCAGCUUUAACCGAGGCUUUCCAGGAAGGUCUUCGUUCUCGAGAAGAGCCACGUCAAAACCUGAGCAUUGGUUGGAAAACCUAUGUUAGGAUCGGAGGCUGGCUCUCAACUCUUGUGCCCGGCGAACAGAAACUCGAAUUCAUUCAAACUAGACUAUUUCCACUGGUGGUGAACUAUGUGCAGCCUGACCAUGAGCAGCCCCAGUGGACCCUGCCUUCAGAUUUAGCUGAAGAAGUUUGUACCGAGUGCAUCGCUACACUUGUCUCAAAUGGGCAGCAUGACGAACUCAAAUCCCUCUGGGUACAGGUUGCGAAUGGUUUGCUGGAGGCUGUCAAACUGUCAUCUCCAGAACAAUCAAAGGAUUUCCACUCAUCCCAAGAUUCAAUCUGUUCCCAAGCGAAACGACUCUUUGCAUUGGUAGCCGCUGUCCUUUCACAUGCCUCGGAUGCCGAGAGUGAAGCGAUCGUACAGAACAUUUUCGAGAAUUCCACCUCAUUUCUUCUCGAAGGUUGUUUACAAGUUCUUUGUUCGCGCAAUGGUAAGCCCUAUGGCGCUGCUGGAGUCGUUGAAGAAUGUGUUCGCCGGAUGCCUUCGGUGUCGAAUCGCUCUCAGGGCCUCCUCAAGUUCAUCCAAAGUGAUGCGCCUGGGCUUCUCUUCUCCCCAUCGGGUGAUCGCCUCAUUACAAUCAUCUUGGCAUGCCGAGAAUGGGAUGGUUUCUCUUCCAGUUUUGAAAAUGUUGUUGAAAGUGCAAUGGAAUUGGAGCCCGAGCAGUCCAACGCCCACAUCCUUCAAAGUCUGCUUUCCAACCUCGACUUCAAUGAGGUUGGGGACAAAGCCAAAUUAUCUUCUUUGAUCAUGCGGGCUUUAGACAAGUCCCUACGAGGAAGUCAUUCUCACUGGGCUAUCGUCAUCUCGGUUCUUCGGAAUCCGUCCUCCCAAGGUCAAUUGAGAGAUGAAAUAUUCUUGUCGAUAAUCGAUGCGCUGUCCCAUGAUGAUAAGGUCUUUGAUGCUUUGCAUGGCCUCUCUCAUCUUGGACAAGCUGUCCCGUCUGCAGUUCGCGACUUUCAGGCUGGAGACCAUGGCUCAAAGCUAACAGGGAAGCUACUGUUUCUGACGGAGUCCCCAUCAGAGGAGGUUGCAAGCCUGGCAGAGUCACUGAUGAAGACUUUCAAGGAGACCGUGGUCGGAGACACAAGCACCAAGUCUAAGAUUGAAAUCCUUAACAAUGGGUUCACUCAUGCCAACGAGGAAUCAUUGUCAAUUGAAUCUCUCUAUGCUAUUGCAGAGGAGCUUUUGCACGGCCUUACAGCAGAUCAGCCUGACUAUGCAAUCAAGGAUAUCUUGCCUUCUUCUGAUGCAUGGGAGAAUGCCAUGGGCCCCUUCCUUCAGUUACCGCCGCGCAUUUCAACAAGCAUUACCGGCCCACUUGGGGGCAUUGUCUACCUCGUCCAUCGCGAAAUUUCGGAUUCGUUCAAGGCAUUGUGGCUUGAAAUACCCCGUGACUCUAGCCGUUGUUCUGCUGCAUUCCGCCUGGCAAGCUUCACAAUUCAAGUUUUGUCCUCCUUUGAAGUGAUAAAGCACCUUACCAUCGAUGACCUCGAGACCCUCAUCUACUAUCUACCACUCGCCGUUCAGUUGAUUGACGAUGACCUAAGCAUCGAGCAUUGCAACGGCAUUACUGGGCUGAAAAUGCCUAAUCAACGUGAAGACUACCUGGAAAUAGUCUUCAAAGGGCGCCAGAUCAUCAGCAACUGGAUCCACGCCAAGGAACCCCUAAAGCCGUCACAGAAUGUUACCAUUUCGUCUUCGUUGACCUCUUUUUGGGAGAGCAAAUUGGAGUUGCUGAGCGGAACUUCGCCUGUCGACUACCGGAUCGGAGAGGCUUUCACCAAAAUCAUGACCUCUAUAGAGGUCGUGGAGCACCCCAAAUCGGCCGAUGAAGUUGCGAAAAUUUGUCGCGAGGCAAGAAGCGCCAACGCUAUUCGUUCGGCAUCAUGGUUUGCUGUUUUGCGAAGCUCAAUACUCUCAAGCCCUGUCGGAAGCAGAGUUUGUAACGAGUUGGUCGCAGAUUCUACGGGACUCAAGCCCCUCGACCCCUCCUCUGAUGGACUGCGAAAACUCGCAUUGCUCAACAUCUUACUCUCUGGAGAGGAAAACUUUGUAUCGACUAUUCCCACGCAACGAUUGGUCUUCCUUGUCAAGCAUCUGAUCGAAUGCCUUCAAUCCGACAUGAAAGUCCUUGGGCUACGAGCUGAAAUUCUGCGGACAUUGACAUUCAUUAUCCCCGGCCUGGCCGAAAUCUAUGGCUCGCACUGGGAGGAGAGCAUGGAAAUCCUCAGCGUGAUAUUCAGAGAAACCAAUGGCGGAGAAGAGGGACUUCCUCUUCUGUUCUCUUCAUUCAGAUUCUUUGCGCGUCUGAAAUCUAUGGCGGAAGGGGACAGCAAUGAUGAUCUUCAAGAUGCCUGGUCAGAGCGAAAGACUGGACUGUUCAAUGAGGUGGCUUCUACUAUCGGACAUUUUGAUUCUGCAACCACGUUCCACCAACCGCGUGAUGUUGCCGUCGAGCUUUUGCGACGUCUCAUUAAAUCCAUACCCAUUGAGAAGCUUGAGGACGUUAGCGAGGUCUUUGGCCUCCUAACUGCGCACAGCCGCUCCGUCCAGCGCACUGCUUACACAAUCCUGCAUCGGUUCAUUCCUCAGGCACAAGAACAAGUCUCAUUCGAUGUGGCGCUGUCCAAAUCAUCCGUUAGCCUUCCAGAUGAGCUUAUAUCCUUGUUGCUGGAGACACCAACAUCGCAAAUGGUCGACGAGGCUUAUGGGGAUGACAAGAUGUGGACUACCAUACGGGCCUACCUCUUGAGCUGGAAGGUGGUGUUUGAUCAUUUCACCAACGCAUCGCUCCCCGUCCAAGAGUUCUACACGACAAAUAUCAAGGAGAACGACGUCUUGAUUCCAUUGUUGGAAUUCACUUUCGACUUCCUUCAAAAGUCUCACGGCAAGAUCGUUGAUGCAUCCAAGUUCGAUGUACAAAACUUUGAACCGGAUCAGUCUGAGAAUGCUGAAAAGGAGACGCAAUGGCUUCUGAUCCAUUUGUACUACCUUUGUCUCCGUCACUUGGCGAACAUGACCAAGAAUUGGUGGAUUGACACAAAGAAACGAAUCAAGGGCCCAGUGGAAUUAUGGACAGAGAAAUACAUCUCCCCACUUGUGUCUGCAGAUUCCUUCCAAGGGGUUGAGGACUGGGUCUCCACGCAAGAUCCUAACGAGGAGCGAGCAUUGAGCGUGAAAAUUGCGCCGAAGACGGCAGAAAUCAUCGCCAGCAUCCCCGUCGAUGAGGAAUCACCCCCAGUCUCCAUUUCGAUUUCUCUCCCACCGGCAUACCCACUUCACCCCGCACUAGUAGUUGGCCGUAGUCGGGUGCUUGUGGACGAGAAGAAAUGGAAGAGCUGGCUUCUUACCAUUCAGGGUGUUAUCAUGUUCGCCAACGGUAACCUGGUUGAUGGCCUCCUGGCCUUCCGCCGGAACGUGCAGGGUGCUCUGAAGGGACAAAGCGAGUGUGCCAUCUGCUACUCGGUCAUUUCGACUGAUAUGCAGACACCGAAUAAGCGAUGUGCCACUUGCAAGAACACUUUCCACUCCGUUUGCCUGUUCCGAUGGUUCAAGAGCAGCAACCAAAGCACCUGUCCGCUUUGCCGCAACAACUUUGUAUAUGUUUGA